GGAGCAAUGGCUUCUAUGUCUUACUAGAAGGGAAGAAUGGCUUUUUCAACCACCACUCGCCGUAACUUAUUCAAAUGUAUGCGUCGAAAUGUACAUAGGAAAACACUGACAACUCAGGCUGACAUGUUAAAGUUUGGUUUUAUGUUUGACAUCGAUGGUGUCAUCGUUCGUGGAAAGAAGUUGUUGCCGUAUGUAAAGGAAGCAUUCCAGUUACUUACAGACCGAUAUGGCAACUUCAGGGUCCCAGCAGUGUUUGUUACUAAUGCUGGGAACACCCUCCGUCAAAACAAGGCAGAACAGCUCUCCGAGUGGCUUGAUGUCAAGGUAAGCAGUGAUCAGGUGGUGAUGUCACACAGUCCUCUCAAGAUGUUUCCAGAAUUUCAUAAUAAACAUGUGCUUGUGUCUGGACAAGGUCCAGUGGAGGAAAUAGCACAGAAUCUAGGAUUCUCUAAAAUAACAACGAUUGAUCAACUACGUCAAGUCUUCCCCAAUUUAGAUAUGGUGGAUCAUAAACGAAGGAGGGCAUCUCCUAAGGAAGAAGACAUGAGACUGUUUCAACCAGUAGAAGCUGUUAUACUUUUCGGGGAGCCAGUGAGAUGGGAGACCAAUCUUCAGAUCAUUAUUGAUGUUUUACUUACAAAUGGGAAACCCAUGUUUGCUCCAAGGGAGAUUCCAUACCCCCACCUGCCAGUACUUGCCUGCAAUAUGGAUCUACUUUGGAUGGCAGAAGCAUGCAUGCCAAGGUUUGGACAUGGAUGUUUCCUCACCUGUUUAGAACAUCUGUAUAUGAAAAUUACCGGCCGAGAAUUAAAGUAUACUGGGUUAAUAGGAAAGCCAAGUGGAAUCACAUAUCAUCAUGCUGACUCUAUUCUUUGGCACCAGGCUAAGAGUCUAGGAAUCCAACAGUUAGACACACUGUACUGUAUAGGGGACAAUCCAGAGACAGACAUCUAUGGUGCUAACUUGUACAACAGAUAUAUUACAAGACGUCAGGAAGAGCAAAGGCUGAAGGUCAAAGUGCAGAACACAGCAGGUGGUGUGGCUCAUCUACAGGACACUGACACCGAUGAUGACAUGGAUGGUUUGGUUCAUUACACAGAGGAUACAGAAGCAGGACGACAUUUUGCUCGUAACUGUCACUCAAUCCUGGUGUGUACAGGAGUGUACUGUUCUUCACGGGAUUAUGUAUCUUACGAUUCUAGCCAAAUGUCCAAUCACAAUCAUCGCGACUUUGUACUAGAUCCUGAACUUAAACAACCCAAAAUUGUGACAGCGAAUGUACAUGAAGCAGUCAAAUUUGUGCUGCAAAAGGAGGGUUUGACUUGAUUAAUGUCCUUGCAUAGGUCUCUGUAGGUAAAUUAUAUUCUCUCAACUUUAAAUGUUAUCUAUGUUGCUUUUAAUGUGUGUAUUGUUGAUUCUUCCAAAAGAAUCUUUAUAGAGAUUGAGAUUUGUUAAGGUGAUAUUGAGUGUUUUAAUUUAAGUUUCUUGUUUUAGUUACAUUAAAUGGUUAUUUAGUAGGUUAUAACAGGGGCUAUACUCAUACAAAUAUAAUAUAUCAUCUUUAUCAUCUUUGCAACUAUAGAUCUGUUUAUUUUUUGUUUUGUUGAAAAUUUAUAUUGCAAAAACUUAUUGCUAAAACCCCAGGAAUUUGAAGUUGUCGAUUGAUUUGAGAAUUAUCGGACUAAGAAUGGAGUGUACAGAUCAAUGCACUUGUUUAGAUGAACAUGUCUAUUUGAUGACCUGAUUGAGAAUACAUAAGGUUACUUAAAGCUUGUAGUUACAAUGAAUCGAGGGUACAUUAUGUUACUUAAAGCUGGCUUUUUUGUUGCAGAAGUUAGGUUAUUUAAAACAGGCUUUUUGUACCAGAAGUAAUGUUGAUUAAUAUCAUCAAUGUCAUCAUCAUCUUCAUCAUCAUCAUCAUCAUCAUCAUCAUUGUAUAUAAAAAUAUAAGAACACUUUAACACAUUUCAAACUUUUUAGCAUUUUGGUUAAGAAUCUAUUAAAGCUUCACAAGGUUUGAAAUAGUUAUCAGUCCAACAGAAUUGCUGUUGCAAACAAAUGAACUGACAUAGUAUAUAUAUAUAUUACAUAUAUUUCCGAUAGUUCAUCUACUAAGGUCUGAAAAGAUAUUGUAAUAUUACUGAAUAACUUUUUAAAUGACUGCUUUAGAAUUUUGUUUAUAACCAUUUUACUGUUGAAAUUUGUCUCAAACCAGUGCUGAUUCACCUAAUACUUGUAUAUGUUUAUUGUUUAAGAAUUAUUAGAGUUAUUCCCCUUGAUUUUAUCGUGUUUCUGUACCCUAAAUCCUGUAGGAGGCUCGACUGUUCACAUGUUAAAAUGUAUUCAUGAAAGAGUUGACUGUAAGUUUAAUAAGUAAAGACAAUAAUGCAUCGACUAAUAUAACAAAACACUCAGGAAAUUAUCAUCACUGUUGACAUAAUUUCCAUCAGAUUUUCAUAGCCAAGGAACAGUUUGAUAUCCUAGUGAGGGUAUAUUCAUCUAUGGCAUCCUUUCAAGAACACCUUUAAGUAAACAGGGAUAUUGGGAUUGUCAAUCAAUGUUUAGAGUAAGUCUAAAUUCUCAGGUAAUGAGAUUCAAUUAGUUUGUAUCACCAUUUCUGUUGUUUUCUCUUCAUCUGACAGUUAGUAAUGACCAAAAGAUCAAAUAAGGAUCCAUUGCUUUGUUUUCCAAAAUCUUUAAAAAUUUUAAUGACAUUAGUGAACAUGUACACACAUCAUUGUAAUGAUAAUUUCUACAAUUUCAAUUCAAACCCAUGUUAAGUCUCACCAGAAGAGUAGAAAGGUACUCUGUAAUAUUUCUCUUGAUUAUUACAGUUUUCCCUGAUACCCGAUAAAUGUUUUUAUUGCACAAUAAUCAUAUUAUCAAACAAAUAUGACCUUGUUUUUUUUGCUAGAGAAUAUGUGUAACAUGACCAAUUUGUUAUGUUUUGAAAUGAUAAAGAAAAGACACCAUAGACUUAAAAUGUCAUAAUGAAGUCAAAAGUAUAGCAAAAUUAUGAUUGGAAUCCUUCAUAUCCUGAGUUUCAGGAAAGGAAUAUUUCUUCUAGCCGAUUUCUAUUAAUAUUUUCAGGUAUCAGGUAUUUAUGACAAUCAUAUUGAAAUGAGAUCUCUCAUGUUAAUCCAUGUCUCUCCAUACAAAUAAUUUUGUCAGAUUUGGUUUAUAUAUAUAUAUAUAUAUUACCUUAAGUUUGCAUAAACAUUUAGAGUCAUCAUUCUUGACUAUCAGACAUAUGUCCAGUGAUAAGCCAAUAGCUAGUCACAAGCCUGUCAAUAUCUAUUGCUGUCCCACGAAAAAGGUAUACAUUUUUCAAGAAUAAGUCCACCACGUGACCGAACCUGAAAUAAUGUGCUGGCAUUCCCAUCAAACCUUUAACUGUAAAUCUUAGCAGACAUCUAGUCAUUGCAUACAUACGGAACCAUUUUUGAUGAAAAUAAUAAAAAUGUUGGUAUUUUGUUUAGCCAUUUUACUGAUUUACAAAACCUUCAUGGUACAUAUACUUGUUUGUAAUUCGUUGUAAUCAUCUCAGUCUUAACAUUCUGCACCAGGUGGGGUUCCAACCAGUUGGUCUCCACUCUAUCACUUGACUGACGGGAAAUUCCUAUUGGGCUCUCCUACAUGCUUAUGGCCAAACUGUUUUAAACAUGGCCUUAUGAUAUUGUGGUUUGAAAGAUGUGUUGUGAAAGUUUAUUAUAAUCAGGAGCUUCAAGAAUUUGAGAAAAUAUUGCUUUUACUGUUUUUCCUGCAGCAAUUUUGUGUUUAUAGCCCAGAUAGGAACUUUAAAAUCAUUGAUGUCACUAGAAAAAGGAGGUGUUUAUUGGUCUAUAUAAAAUUGUGACAGAUUAAUUCACUUUGCCAUAUUCCUUGUCAUCACAGCACUUAUUAGAUUACUUUUUACAUUAGUUUUUCAUAUAAGGACUAGUUUUGUUUCUGACAGCAUUGGUAAAUUUUCAAUGCCCGGCUUUGAAACCCUUGUUCCUGGAGAUAUUUACACCGAAUUUUGUGAAGAGACUGUGUUCUUGUUUGUAUUUUGACAAACUGUUUUUUGUUAGUAAUAUUUUUUACAAAAGAAUCAUUACACUUGGCAUUGAGGACUUAACAUGAAAUAUGCAGUGUUUGGGUAAUUAAUGACUAGUCAACUAAAAUCUGUCGUAAACUAUUUCUCUUGGAUGAAUUCAAUAUUUUAAUCUUGCACACUUACUAUCAAGAUUUGUUCCAGGAUUAGCAUGUUUUACAUUUCAAUAGUAAUAAAAUUAACAUAUAAGAGGUGCAUUAACCAAGUUAUAUCCAAUAUAUAUGUUUGUAGAUAUGGAUGUAAGACAUACAAAACAAGGAGUACGGUACAUCUAUGUGUAAUUCUUAGACAGUAUGUUGCUCUUCUCAUAUGUUUGGCCUCUACUUAUACACUAGUAUGUCUUUCACUAUUGAAGUGUUAACAUAUCUAGGAAUGAAUGAGAUCAUAGAUUACUGCAAUAGUUUUGAAGAAACUAUGAAAAAGCCAGGGGAUGUAUGAACUGUGACAAUCACAUUAAAAAUCAGUGAAAAUUUGAUUUCUUAUGAGAUUUUGGUGACAUUUUCACAUUUUUAAUGGUGCUAGCAGUGAUACUCAUUAAAAUGUUUGAAAUGAUUUUUUCUAUUUUGCAUAAUAUGGUACAUGGAAUGUAAAAUUGCAUUUUUGAGAUAACUAACAAAACUCAGGUAUUUGUGUUUGGGAUUAUGAUCAGAGUGAUUUUACAUGUUCAAGAUAUCACUACUGGUUUUUGUCCUCUAUGCAUUGGUUGUCGAAGACUUCAAUGCAUAACAUACAAAGACUUGUGUGCUGUGAUGUGUUAGAUGGUUUAGAAGACAAUGCCAAUUCUCCACAUGGAUACAGAGAUAUAUGUAUGUACAAGAUAAAUGCCACAGAUGUUCUGUAAAGUAUUUUACCUGUAAAUAGUUGAUCCUUAUUCAAUUCAAAUUUUUGUUAAUUUUAGGGAUAAAAAGUACAUGUGUGUCAACUUUGGAUGAAUAUUCAUUUAGUUAUCAGCCAAAUGUUAUAUGAAAAGAUAAAAUCGAAGGUUUUAUUAAAUCAAAUAGAUGAAGGUUUUGUAUAUUGUGUGAUGAAAUAUUCAAGCAGAAAUUUAUCAAAACAUGUUUUCUGCAGUUUGAUUUCAAGUCUUUUUCAUCAUAAUACUGAAUUCAUGUCUUAAAUGCUCUCAAUGUCACAUAGUGCUAUGAAUGACAUUAGGUCUCUGGUCUACGACAUCCCAAUGAAAAAUGUAUGACACAAGGGAAUACAGAUGAUAUAUGGAUGUAUCCACUGCAUCAUGUGGUAGUCAUGUGAUUAUGUACUCUGUAUGAUUACAUAGAAAUCAAAUUGCACCAGGACAAUAUGAAAUUUACUGUGAGGGGAGAUAACCAAUAGAAAAACUCAGUUGUCUUUAGAAAUCUUCAUUACCAGUUCUACUGAAACAGAGUUUGAUUCCUUGCAGAAUGCUCACCAAUCUAUGGAUUUUGUGUAAUUUUUCACCCUUCAAAAUGAAACUUACCAGAUUAGAUUUUUCCUCUCUGGAAUACAUGUUAUAUUUUGAUAUGAUGUGGUAUUAAGUGUGUAAUUUUGAUUUAUGUUUUGUCUACUAUGGUUCUAUGAAUUAGUAAGUCAGCUUCUGACAAAACCCACAAGGCUAUUUGGUGAAAAGGAAUUGAAUGCACUUAAGUAAUUGUAUUUGUAUGAAUGUGAUGAGAAAAACAGAUGGGUGACAUUAAUAUAGAUUAUUUAUGUACUGCCUGUAUAUAAGUUUAUAGUAACACCCUCUAAAGUAUCGAGACUUGAUCAUUUACUUUGUUUAUUUUCUAUACAUUGUUGUCUUUAUGAGAUCACAUUCAUAGUUGUUACUAUAUAUGUGUAAUUUUAAUAGUUUGACACCAUGAGUGAACAAGCAAGACUGGAUUUUAAACAAUAUUAAAUUUGUUUUAAAUUAUG